AUGGUCAAUUGUAGGAUGCUUGAAGAUAUUAGAAAUAACGAGAUAAGUGGCUCAUUCCUCCUUUUAGACGGAAACUCCGGAGCCUCGAGUUCUUGUGUUGAAUUCCAACAGAUUCCAUGGUAUAAUAACUAUUUUAAAGCUGAACACGAUCUUGUUUUCUUGACUGUUUUGCGGAAGGGGUUAGAGGAUAAAUUCCUCAAUAUCCAAAGGCCUAUAGAAGCAUCGAUGAUGUCAUAUCCCAUCAUUAGAAAAUUUGACUUCCCUGAAUCAUUGGACCUUGAUUCAAAUCAAUUGGGAACCAAGUUAUUUGAUAGAAGCAUCUCAUCCUCUCCCUUAGAACUUCCCAAGCCAUCUUCCUACUUCCCGCAUCUAAUUUCCACAAAAACUACAAAAUCAGCAACCGAAUCUCUCGGUAAAUCAAAGUUGGCUUCUUCUAUUAAGCCAUCUUCAACUACCAACUCCAAGAAUUUCAAUCCUUUGUAUCUUUGUGGAAUUAAAGUCCUCACAAGUUCAUUUCCAUUUGCACUGAACAUUGUAUCAUUUAAGAAAACAGAAGCAGAGGCUCUUAUAAGGCAGAAAAAUACCUUAUCAUCUCAUGAUUCUCUUGAUUCAUGGGCCUCAGUAAUAUUACGAAUCUGUGUAGUGGAAAGGAGUUGCCUUAACAGCACGCUUGACCAACUCGAUUUUACUUCAUUUCCAAAUCUCACAAGUCUCAAACUCUGUUAUAAUGAUUUCUAUGGGUUGAUUCCAUAUCAAAUUAGUGAUAUUCAAAACCUAACUUGUCUUGAUUUGUUGUUUAACUCCUUUACUGGAUCCUUGCCUUUAUCCUUAACCAAUCUGACCAAGUUAUCUAGUUUGCUUAUUGCUGAUACUAAUCUUUGCAGUCACAUCUCGCCUUAUUUUUUCACAAAUUGGACCCGGUUAACAAUUUUCCAGUUAUACCCCUCAAGCGAUAGGAAACUUGACAAACUUGUUCAUCCUAGACCUUUCAGUCAACUUACUUUCAAGUUAAAUACCUCCAACGAUCGGGAAUCUAACAAACUUGUGUCCUUGGAUAUUUCAUCUAACAAUCUCACAAGUAUGAUUUCACCUGAGGUUGGACAUUUGAAGUCACUUGUGACUCUGGAUCUAAGUAUGAACCAAUUAAUUGGCCAGUUGCUCAAAAACGUCUCUAAACUUGGUAAAGGAUUCAAGAUGCUUGAAGUACUAGAUAUUGGAAACAAUGGCAUAAGUGGCCCAUUCUCCUUUUGGAUGGAAACUCUUCCUAAGCUUCGAGUUCUUGUAUUGAAGUCCAACAAAUUCCAUAGUAUAAUACCUAUUUCAAAGGGGAUCGAGUAUGGAUUGAGGAGUAUCCGAAGAGCCUAUACAAGCAUCGAUCUUUCAAACAACGAAUUUCAAGGAGAUAUUCCAAGUUUUGUAGAAAAGCUCAAGGCCUUACAUGCUCUAAACUUAGUUAAUAAUAGUUUCACAGGUCAUAUCCCAUCAUUGGAAAAUUUUACUUCACUUGAGUCAUUAGACCUUCAUUCAAAUCAAUUGCAAGGGCAACUUCUUACAUUUCCUAACAGUUCAUAUAUUGGCAACCCUGAAUUAUGUGGAUUGCCAUUGACAACUAUAUGUGAAAAUUAUAAACCACAAUCGAAGCUUCUAGUGCCGACGACACAGAUAGAUGAUGAUUUCAUUAUAUCAAACGGAUUCACCUGGCAAGUUGUCCUUACGGGGUAUGGAUAUGGAAUAUUAUUUGGAUAG